UAUAAAAAAAUCGAAAACAGCGCUUGCAACAAUGUUCCAAACUCCUGUCCCAUUCGCUUGGACAUAAAUUUCACGUAUGCCAGAAAUAGUUCCGUAAGAGCAAACGUGCUGUUAUCGUCAGGUAUCAUAAUGUACAUAAUGUACGACGGCUCCGCAUGACCGUGGAUUACUUAUCAAUGAGCCGUGUGUUUGCCUUCCGCAGCCAAAGUCAACAACGCAUUGAUGCGGCGCGUAUAAGGCGCUGUUUUCAGUAUCGCGAUUUCAGUUGCGGCUGAUAGUCAACCGAGGGAAUUUUUCGCAUUGUCGAGUUGGCGAGCUUCGGAAGAAGAACGACGACGAUUACGUGGGAGGACGCACGGUUGCAUUUGAUUGCUCGCUUCGUCGCUGCUUAUUGUUUUAGCGCAUACCUUAUCGGCGGCGAGGUCGAGGACGUCGUGUUCCAGUCCGGGUGUCGGAUGUGGUGCACGCACUUAGCGGUUGCGGAAACGACAGCGGUAGCGUCAUCCACGUCAGAGAUAGCGUCGGGGAACUCGUGCGAGCUGGCAGGUGAGAGAGCAUAUUGCAUGAGCAGGGGAGACUGCCGGUGAUGGACAAUGAGCAGCCGCACCAGGAACUGGUCAAGUGCGUGGUCGUGGGUGACACGGCAGUCGGAAAGACCAGACUGAUCUGCGCCAGGGCCUGCAACAAGCACGUGUCACUGUCGCAGCUCCUGACCACACACGUGCCCACGGUCUGGGCUAUCGACCAGUAUCGGAUUUACAAGGAUGUGUUGGAGCGGUCUUGGGAGGUAGUAGACAAUGUAAACGUGUCGCUGCGUCUCUGGGACACAUUUGGCGAUCACGAAAAGGAUCGACGUUUCGCAUACGGCAGGUCCGACGUCGUGUUACUAUGUUUCUCCAUAACCAACCCCGUUUCCUUGCGAAACUGCAAGGUGAUGUGGUAUCCCGAGAUCAGAAGAUUCUGCCCGCAGACACCGGUCCUGUUGGUCGGAUGCAAAAACGAUCUGCGGUAUAUGUAUCGGGACGAGACUUAUCUCAGCUACUUCCGCGACCGCAGUCCCUUUGUAAGGGCUACGAGGAAGAGCGAUCUGGUGAUGCCCGAUCAGGCACGGGCGGUGGCGCGAGAACUCGGUGUGUGCUAUUACGAGACAAGUGUCUUCACUUAUUACGGCGUGAACGAGGUGUUCGAAAAUUCGAUACGCGCCGCCUUGAUCGCACGUCGUCAGCAGCGUUUCUGGAUGACGAACCUGAAGAGGGUGCAAAGACCUCUGUUACAGGCGCCAUUCUGCCCACCGAAACCGGUACCGCCGGAGGUGUGCUUGGCUGCAAGCACGUAUGAGGAAAACAUGAAGAGCCUGUGGACGCGGCCGGUUCACACAGACGUCACUCUGAUAACUGGGAACAUCACGUUCCUGGCUCAUCGGUGCUUGCUCGCCGCGGCGUCGCCGGCCUUCCACCGGCUGUUUUCGAUGGAGCUCUCUCACGAGUUGACACCGCGCAGCUCCAGCGAGUCCAGCAUGGUAUAUGCCAGCUCUAUCAGAGUUUGGGAACAACUUAAGCGACGAUCGAGUUUUCAAGUACUGCCGACGAUGGAUAAUCAGAGGAAGACUAACGGUGCGUCGAGGGAGUUGAAUCAUCCUGCCUUCCAAAAUAUUCGUAUAUGUCUGACUGAGAACGCAAACGGGGUGCAGCAGCCCAUGACCGUGGUCACGCUGUCGAAGCUGAUCACGCCACAGGCGAUGCAGCAAUGCCUGCAAUUCAUUUACACGGGCAGCUUGGAUAAACGGUAUCACGAUCUACAAACAGCUCCUAUCGGGCUUCUACUGGAGAUCAGACAAGCGGCCGAAUUCCUCGAGCUACCGCAAUUACUCAUGGUGCUCGGUAGCAUACAGACGCAGACGCGAGAGCAGUUCGUCAACAGCGAUCUCAAUAACCGGUACAAGCAGGUGGUUAGACAACGGCUGGAGGAUAUCUGCUUGGAGCAAGGUCUGUUCGCCGAUGUGAUGUUCGAGUUGGACGAUGGCAGCGCACCGGCCCACAAAGCGAUUCUCACUGCCCGAUGCGACGUGAUGAAAGCCAUGUUCUCUGGCGAUUUUCGCGAAAGCAGCGCUAAAGUCAUAGUCUUUCCUGGGGUGCGGGAGUACACAUUCCACAAGCUGCUCUGCUACCUUUACACGGACGAGGUGCCGGCGAUCUCCUCGGGCAGAUGCCUGAAUUUACUGGAACUAGCCAACAGACUCUGCCUUCCGCGACUGGUGAAUCUGGUCGAGAGCAGAGUGAUCGAGGAUCUUGAGCGUCUUUCGCAAAGCGAGGGGAACGAGGCCGUCGAAAACUGCCUGAGGUUGUUGGAGCCGUGCAAGUUGCAUAAUGCCGAUCAGCUGGCCGACUGGUGCAUGAAUCAUCUGUGCGUUAACUAUAAUAAGCUGUGCAAAAUGUCGCCACGCAGUGUGCGGCUGCUUCAUCCGGAGAAUCAAGAAUAUUUGAACGAGCACCGAUGGCCACCGGUCUGGUACUUGAAAGAUUACGAUUACUAUCAGAAGUGUCUGGCAGAGCAGGACCGCGAGAACAAACCAACAUUAAAGCGGAAUCGCAAUCAAUCCGGCUGCCUGUGUUUCUCAGGCUCGAGCAAGACCAGACGGGAGGGUAGCGCCGGGGGAAACGGCAAUGGCACGACGUCGGCGACGUCGAACGAUACGCCGGCGGAUCGUCCGCUCUUCGACGCCUCCACCGAAUCCGGCGAGCAGGCCGUAUGACAGGAGCCAAGCGGCCUCAGCCGCUCCGUCAGAUUCAUCCUGGUUCUACCCGUGCUCAUGGUCUUCAUAUGCACUAUUUUUACCAUUUUGAUACUGCUACAGAUUUAUACUUAAACGGACCGCAAGAUACCGGCGAGACUAAUGCGUAAGCGCACGUAAGUACACACAUAUACACACGCGCAACGUAUAAGCAAAUACGAGAACAAAAUACAUGUGAUGUCGACGAUUCGCGCGACGAAAGCCGGAGGUCUUCAGCCGGGAACGCAUUUGAUUUUAGCCCGUCGAGGUCGAGUUCCGAGUUCCACUCCCUACUUGUAUGUGAUUUCUUCUUCUUCUUUUUUUUUUUCUAACGAAACUAUUCUCCGCACCGUGCAUUUUUAAGAGCAGCGCUACGCCGACGACUCGAGUCUUCGCGAGCGUUUGCAACUUUUUCGUACGUGGACUUGCGGAUUUUUGCGACACAAGCUGAUACUUUCAUCUUCCGCAAGCGACAGCGUAAAGCGAGGAUCGUAUUUCGAGGGGAGACUUUGUAUUUUCUACAUGUUUCGAGGUGUGUACAUUCAGAGACAAAGUUGCGUGGAUGAUGAUACGAAUAAAAAUUACAAAUUACUUGCUUUAUUUUAAUUCGUAUCUAAAAAUAAUAUGAAUUAACAUAUCCAUAAGCAAUUUCAUGUAUGCACAAAUAUAUCUACUGGUACCUCGAAGAAAUGGCAAUCUAUAAGAAAUAAGGAAGCAAAACUAAAUAGACGAAGUAUUAUUUUUUUGUCGUAUAUUGAAAAAUAUAUCGAUUAGAAGCUGUAAACUAUUUUUAUUGAAUUUUAAUCGUAGAGUAAAGAUCGUCUCAUGUGAGAAGUAUUAAGUCAUAUCAAGAUAUUAGAGGAAGUACGCGAAUAAUCAGGUGAAGGAUGAAAAGAAACUAGAUAAAAGUAGCUAUGUAUCAUUUGAAGCUAUAAUUACGCUAUAUAUGAUAAACUUGUAUAUGCAUAUGUUUAAAGUCUCUUACAAAUCAAUCUUUUACUCAAGAAAUGAUGAUAUGUUCGAGUGUUCACGCAUCGUUGUCCCUGAUUGUACGUUUUGUGACGGAGAUGCGCUGUGACUUUCGCGAAUGCAAUUGCAUCAAUGCGAACGUCGCCGUUUUCGCCGAUGCGGUUUUGCCGUGGAUGAUCGGGCGCGUAUUAAAACAUCGAUCACGGUAUGAUUGUCGUCUCGGUAUGAUUCCGUACGUUCUCUCACAGACCAGCGAUUAUUGCGACAAUCAUCCGCGAUCCACGGUUUGACAAUUGUGGUAAUUAUAUGCACACGAUUUCUGAUUUCGCGAAAGCGAGACGUAGAGAGUGAUAGGUAAGAAUCCUAAAUAUCCUGAAUUUGAUAUGAAAGCGCGGUGUGCGAAUAAACGUGAAAAGGAAACAUAGCACGUAACAUUGUCGUCCUAUCGUCAAUGCGCGUUAGACUGAAGAAACGAGCAAUAGCAUUAGUACGUAGCGCAGGUAAUAAGCGGAUAUCGUGAAAUGCAGCAAGUCAGCCUGCCAAAGUCGAUCACCUAUCUCGUUUCAGUAUGUCAUUGCUGCCAAUGAACAAGGGAUUGUUAAUCAAACUGGUGCGGCAGUCAAUGGCAGUCGGCCAAAUUGCUGUCUCGCGCGUCGUUUAGUUAGAAUAGGCAAGAUGUGAUAGACUUUGGAAAGAUUGAUCGAUUUUACGGUGUAACAGUGUUGGGCAUUUACGAAUAUAUUUGGGCAAACGACAGUUAUUGACCACAGUUUGAUCACUUGAAGAAUAUUCGUUUGUGAAAUGUUCGAUAUUUGUAAUAUUUAAUUAUAUAUGAUAAAUCUGUAAUUUAAUUGCUUUUUAUAACGAGUUUCGUACAGAACAUAUGUAUAAAACACAAGCUUAUAAAUCGGCGAAAUUAGGCUUUAAAAAUAAACGGAAGUAUAAAGCUAUUGGCUACUUCGGGAAGUGGUCAUUAAUCGCAUAGUGGUCAGUAAUUGUAAGAGCUUACUCAAUAUGUAGAAUACUAAAACUGUCACCUUAUAAAUAGUGUAACUAAAUUAAUGUAAAGGUACGUGGUUGUUUCUCACACUCGGACGUAGUCUGAAAGCUAUUGUAAAGUUGUCUAAAAGACACCUUGAUCGAUUGGACGUGCUUUAGAUACCUUUCAAACAACUUUCGGAUACUUGUGUUAUACGAGCAAUAGUGUAAUUACACAUAAAGUGAUAGUUUAGAUAUUCUACGCCGUGAUUAUUAUUCUUUACUGAUUAUCGAUCAUUAUUCCUUACUCGAAGACGCCCAAGACUGGUAUAGAGUCGUUUAAAGGACACACAACGUAAGUAAAUUUGUGCGAAUUUGUACUCUUUAGGAAGAAUAUGCAGCGAUAAGUUCUGCCUCCCCUUCGACUCGUACGUACAAUCUGCAAUAAAUGACGUCACUAUUUUUUUUCGUACAAAAAUUCCCCGCGCCGCAAGGCGGCUUGCAACGCAUUGGACCGUGAUAAUCGUUCGUUUUCGCGAAGGGAGGGAACUAAUUAGCUUUGUAUCGCGGCAGCCGCGUCAACAUAUCGAUUACGGUAAUGAGUUACUGCUGUGACGACACCACCAUCAUUGUUAUCGCGACAGUAACGAGAUCUAUCAUAGAUAGUGAGAGAAAGAAACGAUUACGUUUGUAAGGGAUGUAAUGUAUCUAGCAUUAGGACCUAGAUAAGACAAAGCUUCCUAUUUUUUCGCCCACGAGAAACAUCUUCGCGUUUCGGCCGGGACACGCGUUUUAUUCCAGAUGUCUUUCAUUUUCAACUCUACGAUCAUUCCAAUUAUCAAAAUUGUGCAACGCGAAAUUUAUUGUUGACGUAAUGUGUCUUCAAAAGGUUUGAUUCUCGUCUAAUUUCGUUGCGCAAAGCGCGCGUUGAUGGAAGCGACAGGUCGAAAGAGAAAAAGAGAAAUUUAAUUAUCUUUGGACAUUACUCAGUCAACAUUUUGUAAGUUUAGAUAAUGAUUUUUGCACGUACAAAAAAAAAACGCGUAAUUUCGCGUUUAAUGACCCGGCUGCAAUGCUCACGCGAAUGGAUUAGAUUAUAAUAUUAAUACUAACAACAAUAUUAACGAUAGACGUAACAUGUAAUCGUUAAGCUAAUCGGUGUUAAGAUAUUACCGUUAAUAAUUUGAUACUCUCGUUAGCUCCGAUCAUUUACAUAAUCAUCGUCGUAUUUUUCAAUCGAUUCGCCCAUAUCCGCGACUGUGGAACGCGACAGGAAAAGAGGAUAGUGUAGGAGAUUGUAUUGCGAGGGUGAAGCGAGAGAGUGAGAUAGGGGGAUGAUGUGCAGAGGAAUUUAAAGUGCGAUGGGACGUAGAACGAAUGGGGUGAGCGAAAGGAGGCAAUGCACACGGAUGAAUUGACGUCCAUAUACAUUUGUAUCACGCAAAUGCGCUCCCACGGUGCAUCCAUUGCGAAGAGAAUGCAAAGCCAAGCUGAAGAUCGUAAACAAGUUUUAAUUUUUUUAAAAGGAAUAAUAAAUUAGCUCUUUUUGAUUAAAAUUUAAAUUAUAAGUUAGCCUUUUACUACUUUUUUUUCUACGCCUAGCUGAUCGUUUCGACAAGGCAAUGGAAAAUUAAAAGCAAAAAAUGAAUCCUUUUCUUAAAAUCGCAAUGCAUUACGAACAUUUUUCAUCGCGUUCUUAGCUCAUUUUAAUUCAUCUAUUUUUCUGUAUGUGGGAGCGACGAUGAACGUUUGUCACUAACACACACACACACACAUUCGCAACAAGUUGUGCUACUGCCUGAUUCAUAAUGUAAUUAUGUUUAACGUGGAGAAGCAUGAAAAGAAAGGGAAGAUUUGACAUGACACGGUGAUGCAGUGUAUGUCUGCUCCGACGAGGAUGAGAAUAACGUCCCACUUGUACGCUACGUCAAUUUCGAUGUCAAUGUUGUCCUUCGUCGCUCAUGUAUAUAUAAUAUAUUUAGCCGUAAGUGUAUAUUUUAUACUGAAAUUGGUAACAGUAGGAUUAAGCGCGGUCAUAUUAAUAGCGAUGAUCGAAAAAAAAAACCAAAGGAUUCGUGCGCGGUUUUCUCGCAUUUAUAUUUUUGAGAAAGUAUAAGAGAGGAAAAGACAAAGGAAGAAUAAGAAGGAAUGUUGUUUCUCUACGCAGAACAAUUAUUUUCUCGACGUUAUCGAAGCAAUAUAAGGCCAGAUAAAAUAAUAUAAUCAGUCAUUUAAUAUACUUACUAAUUUCUUUUUACUAUUUUGUAUUGGCUCUUUCCCCUCCAAUAUCGCUUCAAUGACGUCAUGGACAUGAAAAUGUGUAUCUUGAUGAGGUAAUUGUGAACGACAACUGGACACUUAUAUGCUGAAGGAAUAAGAGACAAUUCCAAAAAUGCUACAUAGCCCAUUUAUCCUAACGUAGUCCGGCUGUAUUCUUUAUCUAGGAACUGGCGUAAAUCAAACUUUCUAAAUAUCGUUUAAGUAAGAACUUCAAUUUGUACCCGUGUCAUGCUUAAAUUCGUUAUUGUCAAGAGUUCCUUAUUAUGCAUUAGACCGAUUAGCAUUUUUAGACCGAUUUCAGAAUAAACGAUUCGACGAAAAUUACACCAUUUCGUGUGAAAAAUCGACAAGUCAAUCACGGAAAUACAUCGAAAAAAUUUUUAACGCGUGACAAGGAAAGUGUUUGGUUGCCAAAAAUUUGGUUGGCUGGAUAAAUAAACUUAAUAAAGAUGAACUUGACAGCUUAAUUUGCAUUUUUUAAUUAUAACAUUUUUAAUUAAAUGCUUGCUUUACACUUGAAAAAUGAAAAUGUUCUAACGAUCGCAAACAUUGAAGUUUAUCUACUUCAGAAUUUUCGCCAAAAAUUGUUCACCAAAACGCUGCUUAAGAUUGAGUGAUUAAAUAAUCAUCUCUACAUGAUUAAUCGUCAAUAACUUUAAAGUAUAAGAGUGGUCCAGAAGUAAUAAAUAAGUGAAGAAACCCAGAUAUAUAUACGACAUAUCCAUAUUUUAUUUUUAAUUUCGAAUCCCUUCUUCUGCAAUAUUACUUCGCAUUUUUUUACCGCUAUAAUUAGUAGUUAGUUCGCGACUUGUAGAUCGUGUUCUGCGUGUCACACACGCAUUCACGCAUCAAUCGAUCGACAUACGUUUUAUCGCAAGUCCGAGAAGAAACAUCCGUUUUUUUUAUAGCUGUCGAUGUAACAAAGACAAAUCACGUUAGCUAUUAAAAUACAACCAAUCCUGUUAACUGUAAGGAUUUAGUUCAGCGAUAUUUUAAAGAAUGCGACAUGCGAAAGAUGAAAAUGCGGAGAACGUAAUUUGAAUAAAAAGAUCAGCCGACAAUCGACAAAUUUCGCACUUCCUUAAUCGAUCGAACCGACCGCGACAGCGCAGUUCUGCGUUUCGGUUCAAUUUAUGCGAAUCGUUCUACGCUCAUCUACUUCGAAGGGGUGAUAAUAUAGUCUUCAGAAUAUAAAGUAUAUAUUUAAUGUGUGUGUGCGUAUAUAUACAUACAUACACACAUAAUACCACGCACUAUUUUUGUGUACGGGCGUGAUAAAUACCUAGCAAUUCUGACUGUGUUAUUUGUAUGAGUAAUCUCAUCUGAGCCACGGGAUGUCCUUCUGCAUAAUUCAUGAAUAAAUAAAUUUCUUUACAACAU